UUUACAAAGGAUUACUGAUUAUACUGAUUACAAGUGAUAUCUUGUGAUGUCACGAGAUGUUAGUGACCUUAGUGGUUCAGAUGAAUUUCUUGAUAGUGAAAGCAAAUUCAGUUUUCACAUAGCCUUUUACGAUUGUGUGAAAUUCCUUGGCCUUUUGUUUCAUCCACGAACAGUACAAGAUACUACCAAGCCCCGUGACAUUUAAAUGGUGACACACAAAGAGCUCCCUGAGCAAUCACCUCCUAAAAUACACAAAAGUCUUUCUAGUUUGCUGGUUGAUUGACAGAUGGUCUGAGGACGCCUUCUCGGAGCCACGUGAGUCACAAGACCUUGCACUCCGGUGCUGGAGAAAGGUGUUUCCUAACCUGCUGCCCUCGGCUGCCUCCGGGUCUCUUUUAUUAGAGCGCUUCCUCCUCCACUCGUCGGUCUGUCUGCAAUUGUCCCCACAGGAAGUAGUGGCUGGCCGGGCAGUCAGGUCGAGCCGAGGCAACAGACUUCUGAGUCAUAGGUGCUAGAACCCUCCCUUCUCCCGCCCAGUCACAGGUAACUCACCCAGCAGGAAGUAAAGGCUGGCCGCGCUGGCAGCAGAGAGGGCAGGCGGGCGCACCCGCACGGUGGAGGCUUCGGCGGGGGCUGUGCUGGAGGGAGUUUCAGCGCCAGCCCUGAGCGCAAAGCUCUUGAAAAGUGCAUCAAGUCUAAAGUGAACCGGCUCACUCUUGGGCAGUACUGGAACCAUGAGCAAUAAUGGAACAGACUUAACCACUGGUUUCAUCUCCUCUUCUGUGGCUGUCCUUUUGUUUGGCUCAAACUUUGUACCACUCAAAAAAUAUGAUACUGGUGAUGGAAUGUUUCUCCAGUGGGUACUUUGUGCUGCCAUAUGGAUGAUUGCCCUGGCGGUCAAUCUGAUACUACAUUGCCCUAAAUUUUGGCCUUUUGCAAUGGUUGGGGGCUGCAUUUGGGCAACAGGGAAUAUUGCUGUUGUCCCAAUUAUCAAAACCAUUGGUUUAGGCCUUGGAAUAUUAAUCUGGGGAUCUUUUAAUGCCUUAACUGGCUGGGCAAGCUCAAGGUUUGGCUGGUUUGGAAUGGAUGCAGAAGAAGUGUCAAAACCAGUGCUAAAUUACAUUGGAGCUGGAUUAUCGGUAGUAAGUGCUUUCAUAUUUUUGUUCAUCAAAAGCGAAAUACCAAGCAGCACGAGUUCUGUGGACACCACACCGUUAAUGACAGAGCAUGUGAUCAACAAAAUUCAAGAUCCCUGUCGUGACUAUUCCUGGGUGGAUAAACUCUCUACACUGCAACAGCGCAUAGUGGGCUGCAGUCUUGCAGUGAUAUCUGGAAUACUCUACGGGUCUACGUUUGUGCCAAUCAUUUAUAUAAAGGACCACAGCAAAAGAAAUGAUAGCAUAUACACAGGGGCAAGCCAGUAUGAUUUAGACUAUGUUUUUGCACACUUCAGCGGCAUCUUUCUUACAAGUACAGUCUACUUUUUCGCCUACUGUAUAGCCAUGAAAAAUAACCCUAAGCUAUAUCCUGAAGCAGUCUUGCCAGGUUUCCUGUCAGGAGCUCUUUGGGCAAUAGCUACCUGCUGUUGGUUCAUAGCUAACCACUCUCUCAGUGCUGUGGUCAGUUUUCCAAUAAUCACUGCUGGUCCAGGAUUUAUAGCUGCAAUGUGGGGUGUCUUCAAGUUUAAGGAAAUACAGGGUCUACAAAACUACCUAUUGAUGAUAUUUGCAUUUUGCAUCAUCUUGACUGGAGCAUUAUGCACGGCUUACUCUAAAAUCUAACAGGCAUAAGACCAGCAGAUGGCAGCAGUGGGUAAGAGAACACCACUACGGGACUCCACAAAUAUGCCAAGGACAGAGUUCAUUUUCAUACAGCAAAUGGAUCUCCACUUGUCUUGGACUGGGUAAAUGAUUUUUUUCCCCACAAAUGUGAAAAUAAAGAAAACUAAGUUUCAGUCAAGUGUAAAAAUGAAAAAAUCUGCUAAUGAACUAUUUAUGAAGGGAAGACUUUCCUGGGUGACUACAAUGUCUGCAUUCUCACAGCACUAGAGUGCUCCUUUUACCACAAUAUGGACUCAAUGGGCAAGGCAACUUAUGCUUGUUGCAUAAGCUACAAAACAGUAUGGAGUUCAUAUACACAAAGAAUUUUAUAUAUGUCCAAGUUUCCAACAUGUUACCCUCAUUAAUGAAGAGAGGAAGAAAAAUGUUGGGGAGAGAAAUAGAAGACCCACCUUAUAAUGGAAUUCCAAAGAUAUUUAGAUCCUUUGCUAGAAAAAGUAAAUGUCACGGUUGGUCACUGAAUGUUAAAAAGGCCAUUUCAUUAUUUUUAGCCCAACCUUAUUUUUACUUCAAAUUAAUAUUGCACAACUCUACAUCACCCACUGGUCUUAGCUCAGAAUGCUCUUGAUUAUCUCCAGAUAAAAUCCUCUUCAGAGAAGAAAAAUUUCCCACCGUUGGGAUUAUAUGUAUAAUACAUAU